AUGACUACCAACCAUGGUCAAGUAGUGUCUCUGCAGCGCAAAAAGAUGGUAUUAUUCCAUAUCGGUUACCGUUGGAACGUUAUAUUUGAGGGAAUGAAGAAAGUGCUCCCACUCAACUCGUCUUCCUCUAUACUCCGAGCUUAUUUUCGAGGUGAGGAUAUUGGCUCUGCAGUUCGUAAUGUAACCGCUCAUUUACCGAAAGUUGAACAUACCAGCAAAAAAGACGAAAGACAACUUUUUGAACGUUACAAGGUUAUCAUCCGAGAAGCAGCGGUGAAAGCGGAAGCUCGUCGUCAUUCAAGUUGUAUAAAGACCAAGAGCUCUGUUGAGCCUAAAAAGCCAAAAGUGCACCGUUAUUCUAGAGAAGAACGAAGAAGAAUACGAGAAGAGUUGACUGGAUCGAGUUUGUAA